CUAUGAUGUCAGUUGUCAUUUUGGCAAUUUAAUUUUGUAUUGUUGAUAUUUUGAUUCUGAUUGCAGUGAUUACAAUAAUAUUUGGUAACUUAUUAUUUUGCACAAAGAACGCAGUUUAAAAGUAAUACAUUUAAAGACAAUAAAUUAUGCUAAAACAUGGACGCAAUGUUUGAUAUUUGUUAUUUAGCUGCCGAUGGUAACAAUGUCGAACCUGACGAUAUCCCAAAGACAAAGGAUAACGUAUGGAUUCUUGGCAAAAAAUACAGUCCAGUGCAAGACUUAGACCGCAUAAGACGCGAUAUCACUUCUGUAAUUUGGUGUACAUACAGAAAAGGAUUCAUACCCAUUGGUGAUGAGGGUCUCACUUCAGACAAGGGUUGGGGCUGCAUGUUGCGCUGUGGUCAGAUGGUUCUUGGUGUUGCUCUUGUUAGAAUACAUUUGGCUGUAGAUUGGGUGUGGAACCCAGAAACAAGAGAUCCUACAUAUUUGAAGAUAAUACAGAGGUUUGAAGAGAGAAAGCAAGCACCAUAUUCUAUACACCAAGUAGCACUAAUGGGAGCAUCUGAGGGCAAGGAAGUGGGUCAGUGGUUUGGGCCCAAUACAGUAGCACAAGUUUUAAGAAAAUUGGUUGCUUAUGACAAAUGGAGUUCAUUAGUAAUCCAUGUUGCAUUGGACAAUACUGUUGUUAAGGAGGAUAUCUUAAAACAAUGUGUGAUCAAUAAUGACAGAGGUGAUACAUCAGCUGCAGCUGACAAUUUAGUUGUAACAGAUUGGAUGCCAUUGUUGUUAAUAGUGCCUCUUAGACUUGGACUCAGUGAAAUUAAUCCAAUAUACAUAGAUGGAUUGAAGAUCUGCUUUCAAUCCGGACAGUCUAUUGGCGUGAUCGGUGGGAAACCUAAUCAGGCUUUAUAUUUAAUUGGUUGUGUUGGAGAUGAAGUCAUAUAUUUAGACCCACACACAACCCAAAGAUCAGGAUUGGUUGAAAACAAGAUAACUGAUGAACAAAAGGAAAUGGAUUGUUCGUAUCAUUGUAAAUAUGCUUCUCGGAUACCCAUACUUGAGAUGGACCCAUCAGUAGCAGUAUGUUUCCUGUGUCGAACGAAGAACGACUUUGAGGAAUUAUGCAAUACCAUAGAAAAUAAAUUAAUGUGUGAAAGUCAAGCUCUAUUUGAAAUAUGUGAGAAGAGACCGGCGCAUUGGGGCCCUAUGUGCACCGAUAUCGACCUUCAGAAUACAUCACUGUUUACUGAAUUUGAAGACGUUGAUAGACAAUUCGAUGAUUCAGAUAACGAGUUUGAAAUACUAUGAGUAGAAUGUUUAUGACAAUGGUCAAUAAUAAAUCAUCACAAACCUGUUUGGUAACUAUAGUUAUAGUUAUAUGAACAGGAAAAGGGUUUCGUAAUAUUUGUAUCAUAAAUUAGACAAGUGGAAAUACCAAUGAAAAUGGAAACUUAUUGCUGUGCCUGUAGGUAUGCAAUAGCUCAUACAAACAGCUCAUUAGAAAUACGAAUGCAUGCUAUUGUUAUUAUAUUAUAACCGACAAAUUAUAUACUGUAAUUCAUAGAGGAUCUUCCAUGUACAAUUGAUAUUGCAGCUAUCUCUUAUCACAAUAAUUGUACAUUAUUUUUUCUUAGACGACUGUCCCAAAUGGGCGUAAAUAUUUUCAGGGUUGCUGUAAAUAGUUCCCACUUUCUUUAUUGUUUUUCUUUAGCAUAGAAUAGAUAUAAUGGGCAUAGAUUAUAUGUCAGAUAGACGAGAAUAGAAUAACUAAGUACUUGUUUAUAUUAUACUUUGCAGUGCCUUUCAAAAUGAUUAAUAAUUUUCGUUGUAGUUAUAUAUGUAAACAUAAUUAUGUUGUAUAAAUAAACCUAUACUAAAUUAACAUUCCUAUGAUGUGCUUGCGCAAGUAGUUAACUACCUACUCGUUUUAUGGUACAGUGUAUUGGAAUUAUUUAGUGAAAUAGAUUGAUAUUGUGAAAGAAUAUAUUGAAAGCAUAUAUAUUAUUAAAAAAAAUUAAGUGGCACUCGGGGACUGCCGCGGUAAAGCUAUUGCAUAGCAUUUUUAUCAACUUAUGCAAUUAUAAUGAUUUAUUUAUUUUAUUUAUGCAUUAUUUUUUUUUUCUUUGAUAUUAAUUGAAGUUACACUUUUUGAGCUUGAUGACCGAUAAGAAAACAAUUUAUUAUACAGUAAUAAAAUAAUAUACUUUCUCAGCUUAUUUCGAUCUGUGCGAGCUUCGUACACUAUGCUAGGCGCACGCACACAAACAACGUGCAGAAGUCUGCCAAACUGAAACGACGUUAGACGAUGCACAGCUUUCAACGCUGUACCGCUGUGGCGGGUGUUAGGUUUAUUUUCUUUACGGAAUUUCUUGAUUCGAUCGCCGCGCUCAAAGUCCGCGAUAAAAGAUAUGCAAUAGCUUAACAUUUUGUACUUUACUAACCUUAUUAUUAAUUGGUUUGUUAUUGUUUUAUUAUUAUCUAGUCAUAGUGUAGUUAGGUACAAAAUUUAUAACAUAAUAUGUAUAUCCUAUGGGUUUUACCUUCAUAACUGAUACAAUUACAUAUUGAUAUUAUCAGAUUUAUGCAAAUAACUAUGGGGUACUUGUAUAUUACGACAAGCAGAAACACAAUGCAGUAAGUAACAUGUUAUAUAAUAGAUGUAUCAUUAUUUUUCUUUGUCUAAAUUGAUUUUGUUAAUUUGUCAUUAGUAAAUGUAGAAUCUCCCUGAAACAUAACAAAUUAAUUUUAGUUCUGACGAUGAAUAAUGUUCAUGUCAUGUAUUUAGAACUUUAGUAUUUUUGUAAUAAGUGAUAAAUUACUUUGUCUGCAGACCAUAUUGUCUUUUCAAUAUUUGCAAUGAUAUUAACUGCGCACAAUUAUAUACAAUAAUGUCUACUUUUUUAUUAUAUUAGCAAUGUGUGUGUGAAUUUAUUAAGGUAGUAAAAAAGUUAAUUUUAUGUCAUGUUAUAAUCAUGACGCUAUGAGGCUACAGUACCAAAACCGACAAACAAACUAGAAACUGUGUGGUAUAGUUUGUAAUAUUAGUGUAUAAGUAAUGUAUUAUCAUAACGUGUUAUCAGAAAAUUUUAAAUUGAUGUCAUCAGAACCGUAGUGGGUAUCGCCAUAUUAACAUUUCAAUUUCAAUUACCAUUCUCGAAUCUAAGCUUAUCUAAUAGAAAUGUAUAAUUAAUAUAAUGAAAAGGAUAACAUGUGUGAUAAUACUAUUUUUGUUACAAUCCACGUAAAUAUAUACUAUAAUUCUCUAUUGCUACUUUAUCACAGUAACGUCGCAGAAAAUGUCAAUGGUACUUUGUCCAUCAAAAGAUUUAUAUUGCGCUUGCUAAAUUAGCUGCUGAGUUUCACCACCGUACCACCCGCCAGAAACUGAAAUACCAUCCUGAUCAUCUGGAUGAAUGGCGGUCUUCCACAGUGCGGUUUUCUAGAAACUUUUUGCCUCGCACAACCACAUUGUGGAAUCACCUUACAGCAAUGGUAUUUCCGAACCGAUACGAUAUUGAAACCUUCAAGAAAAGAGCUUAUUCCUUUUUAAAAGGCCGACAACGUACUUGCAAUUCCCCUGGUGUUGCGGGUACUCAUGGGCGGCGGUAAUCACUUACCAUCAGGUGAGCCGCAUGAACGUUUGUCCCCUGUUUUAUAAAAAAAAAAAUCAAACAGCUGACAAAUAUUGUAAUUGUUUAGCAGUGUCCGUGUUUUAUUCUUUCAUAAAUUUAACUUUUUUUAUACUUUUGAGCCAUUUCAUCCACACACACAUCUAGUUUCGCCAGUGGCGGACUAAUGGGAGUAGCCUGACCUGAAAGGCCUCCGAUGUUUCCAUGUUCUAUUGAUGUAAUCUUUAACAAGGCUGUAAAAUAUACCUAGUACUUAUUUAAAAGGCGUUUUGGGAAAAAAUACGAAUAAAUACAGCCUGUAAUGUACACUGCUUAGAUUUGUUUAAGAUUUUAGGUGAUUUAAUAUAUGUCGCCCCGAACAUCUGACGGGUUAGUCCACCACUGAAUAUCGCUUAUAUUAUACUCAUAGUUGUAUCACAUGCCAGUAGGUUAGAUUAAUAUACUUUGUAAUAAUCUAUUGAUUGGUUUUGUAAAUGUCUUGGGAUACUUGUGUUUAGUGUUUGUAUCUAAUUCAAAAUUCAUUAUUAUUGCAGUUUCGAUGCAGCUGCCAAAG